AUGGAGCAGAAAGGAGUUCAGCUGUACAGAGAGACCUUUACUUGUUCAAUCUGUCUGGAUCUACUGAAGGACCCGGUGACUAUUCCCUGUGGACAUACCUACUGUAUGAACUGUAUUAAAUUACACUGCGAUGAAGAAGAUAAGAGGAGGAUCUACAGCUGCCCUCAGUGCAGAGAGGCCUUCACACCGAGGCCUGUCCUGAAGAAAAACACCAUGUUAGCAGCUUUAGUGGAGCAGCUGAAGACUGGACCCCAAGCUGCUGCUGCUGAUCACUGCUCUGCUGGACCUGAUGAUGUGGCCUGUGAUGUCUGCACUGGGAGGAAGCUGAAAGCCCUCAAGUCCUGUCUGACUUGUCUGGCCUCUUACUGUGAGAAUCACCUCCAGCUUCAUUAUGAUGCACCUCCACUUAAGAAACACAAGCUGGUGGAGCCCUCAGAGAAGCUCCAGGAGAACAUCUGCUCUCGUCAUGAUGAGGUGAUGAAGAUGUUCUGCCGUACU